ACUCUUGCCUUUGCCUAACUUUUCAUUCUAAUAAAGCGUCUGUAUGUCAGAUCCGCUAAUUGGAGGAAGCAGAACACCUGCGACCCGGAAGAGGAGUUCGGGGAGUAAAAUGGCCGGCUGCUUGCGGUUGCUAUGCGAUUGUGGCUUGCGGGGGGUCUGGCGCGCUGGGCAGCUACCAAACCAUCUGAACAGAAGGACAUUCUAUGGAUGCCCCCACUCUAAAGCUAUCUGCAACCUGGUAUGGCUACGAAGAGAGAUUUCCCAGUGGCCUUGUUCAUCUAAAAUUUUCACCACUGCUGCUGCCAAGUCAGGAGAAGAUGCAGCACUCAAAUGGGGACUCCUUGCUAUCCCUGUGGCUACAUUUUGUCUUGGCACGUGGCAGGUUCAGCGGCGGAAAUGGAAACUGAAGCUGAUUGCUGACUUGGAAGCACGAGUUGCAGCACAGCCAGUCCCGCUGCCACUUGACCUCCUGGAAUUGAAGGAGUUGGAAUAUAGGCCAGUUAGAGUCCGGGGUUACUUUGACCAUACAAAGGAAUUGUACAUCCUUCCACGGUCCCUGAUAGAUUCGGAGAAAGAGACCAGAGUUGCUGGUCAACUGAUGUCAAAUCCAGAGAGUGGAGGAAAUGUGAUUACACCCUUUUACUGUACAGAUCUUGGAAUCACAAUUCUCGUCAACAGGGGCUUUGUCCCCAGAAAGAAGAUGAAGCCAGAGACCAGGCUGAAAGGGCAGAUCCGGGAAGAAAUUGCGCUCACUGGAGUGGUGAGGCUGUCAGAAACCCGCAAACCCUUUGUCCCAGAGAACAACGUGGAACAGAAUCGCUGGUAUUAUCGAGACCUGGAAGCUAUGGCCAGAGUGACUGGGGCUGAACCCAUUUUUAUAGAUGCGGAUUACAAGAGCACAGUUCCAGGGGGACCAAUAGGAGGCCAGACAAGGGUGACCUUGAGAAACGAGCACAUGCAGUAUAUUAUUACUUGGUAUGGCUUGUGUGCAGCUACAUCUUACCUGUGGUACAAGAAGUUCAUCCAGAAAGUGCCCCUCUGAACCUCAUGCAGGGUUAAUGCAAUGCCUUUAAGACCAGGUGUCUUCUGCUGACAGAGACUGCAAUGACGCUGACUGUUUUAACAGUCACUAGGAAUGUGACUGGAAGACAGUGUCUAGAUAUCCCAAUGGAAGCUCGCCAGUUUCUCACAAGCACAAUUCAUCAUUGGAAGACCAGGAGGUUGCUUCAAACAAAGGAUAACAAACCCAGAAUCAUUAAAUAUGGAAAGUAGUGUGGAGAGGAGAGAUAAUAAGAUGUUUGUUUUGCUGAAGGCUGUUAUUCUGCAACUCAAAAAGCAUGCUGAAAAUUAGUGACUGCACAGAAAUCAGGUUCUUGAAAUGGUGGUAAUAAAUUAUGAAACUUU